GCCGGACCCUUAUAGAUGUGGGACGGGAGUGAUGGGAAGAUGGCGGCGGCCUUGGUCCAAAUGUCAUGUUUGUACCGGGGGAUGUUAGCGGUCAGGGCCACCGGCAUCAGGACCCUGAUCCCAGGGCUGGUGCCGGUCCAGUUCCGAGCCUUCUCAAUACGCAAGGAGCCGGAUCUGGAGGAGAACCCGUUCUUCAGCAAGUACCAGGACAAGAUCCAGAAGCUGCGCAGUGCCAAACCUCAGGAGUACAAAUCCAGGCUGGAGAAACGGCAUGAGGUCAAGAAGGAGGCGCUCGGAGACUCCAAGCAGGCGGAGUUUGUCCGACUCAUGGAGCAGGAGUUGGAGAAGAGAGACCAGAUGGCCUCCAGUGGUGGCGAGUCUGCAGGUUUCACCAAGAACAAGACUCUAGGCUCAAUCCUCAACCUAGAGAUGACCAGAGACAAGACGGGGGAAGAGAUUGCAGAGCUGUGGAUGAAGUAUUAUUCAACCAAGGACACGAUCAGUGCUGUCAUCCCGACGCAGACGUAUGAGGUGAUUCUCCACAGGUCAAAGUCCUGCCCCAUGUUCCUGUACGCGUUGCCUCAGAAGGAGGGUUAUGAGUUUUUUGUGGGUCAGUGGUCUGGACACGAGCUCCACUUCACCUCCCUCAUCAACGUCCAGACGCUGGGUGAGAACGCUCCCAGUCAGCUGAUCCUGUACCACUAUCCAGACCUGAAGGAGAAGGGUGUGGUCCUCAUGACAGCGGAGAUGGACGCCAAGUUCAUAACCGUCCACCAGGCGCAGUGCUUGGCCAAUCAGGUGCAGCUGUUCUACGGCACACAGCGGCAAGAGACGUUUCGGCUGGUGGAGAACUUCAACCAUCACCCAGAAGACUUCAAACACAUGUCUGUGAUAGCAGAACUGGAACAGAGUGGCCUGGGGCCAGCAGUGUCCACUGGAGAAUCAUAAAGAGACCAGACCAGGACUGAAGCUGAUUGAGAAACUGUGGGUCUGCAUUCAAACUUACAGCGAAAGAGGUGGAUCUUCUCUCACUACUUAUGUAUAUAACUUAAAGUAUGAACUGCUUCUCGAAUUCUGUGUGGGAUCUGAUCAUCUCAGAUGUGUGAUGAGGUCAGUAACAGGACACUGCAUUCUGCUCCAUAGCAGGUGGAAGGUGAUGGACUUUGUUAGUUCUGCAUUUAUCACAAAACAUUUAUGUUCAAUAAGUCAUGUGAAACCUGAUUUUAAUAUCUGACCAGUUUCCUGCUAGAAUGCACAGAAUAAAGCUUAACAUUCUGUUCUUCUCAGAAAACGUUGACUCCAACGCAGGAAAGUAUUGGUUUAUGCGUUUGAGAGCAUGUGAGUGGAGACGUUUAGUGCGCGUCUAAUCUGUUCACUGGAUCCACCUGGAGUUUGGUUCCCACCAGUCUAUUUACUGAGACUCUAACUUGUAGAUCACAGUAAUUUACCUUCAAGUUUAAGUAGAGAAAAAAUGUGGAAAUAGUGUGGAAAAAUAAUCCCAAAAAACACAAAAUCCAGCGUUUGAAGAAUAAAACUUCGAUAUCCAAAUAUGAAUAAACAAAGCAAGCAGAGUUCAUCACCAUGUAGUGAACGAGAUGACGCGCAGCCAUUAGAAGCUCGCGACUGAACAAAGUAACUUUUAAACAGCGGCACUUCAUGAAGACUCUUCACGUGAUGAUAAACAACGUUUGUUACCGCUGCUACAUCCGGGACACCAGUGUUUCAUUCUUACGUUCUCCUCUGUCGCUGUAGUAUUUACAAACCGCCUGCUGAACUUUGUACGACUUGCAGGUUAACGUCUUUGUUCGACACUUAACGCUCAUAUGAAGAAAUAAGGGCGCAGCCUUUCUGCUGCUGCCGCUUGGUUGGUUCGUCGGGCUGCGCCGUCAAAUGAGCAGGCCGACUAAUCGAUAACGGCAAAUCAUUAUCGAUCAAUUUCCCUCAUCGAUUAUUUUAGAUUCGUCGUCGCAGCCCUAGAAGAAACAAAAACGUGGUUGUAAAUUAAGUCAGUCAGCAACAGCCAAGCGUCACAUCACUGAAGUUGUCAAGCUUUGUUUGAUGAAGUUUGCAGUUUUUCACUCGUUUAAACGUUAAAUGAACAGUGCAAAUUUUCAAUUCCGUUUUCAUUCCGUCAAAACCAUGGGACAAAGGAUUUGACGAUUCGAGUACGGAAACCCAGAAAGAACAUGUUCUUCAAAAAUACCAAUGUAAUCAAGUUUGUCUUUUGGAAUACAUUUUUCUAAAUAAAUCAGUUAUUUGAUUUA